CCGGCAUCGAGUCAAGUACACUAUUAGUGCGCGCAAAUCGUUUGAAAGUCGGUGUCUUUUAUUCGUCGGGGAAUAUUUGAUAAUUUCUGAGACUGAAAUUAACAAGUAUUGUUUGUGUUGUUAACGCGUGAUCGUGAUUAAAAUUGAUUGAAAAAACUGUCAGUGAAAACUGAAAGCAAGUUGUCAAAAGCUGAAAGUGUUUUGUGGAAGAUCCGCCCAUCGUAAACGAGCGCUGAUCCCGCCCAGUCUAGUCAUCGAGAUCGUGAUCAGCCAAGCAAAAUGCGAACCCAGCUCAGUCCGGACGGUUCCUACGCCAACGAGGCCAUGACGUGUUCGACGCUGGACAUCACCAUGCCCCCGGAACCACAUGGCGGCCUCACGGGAUCGAAUGAGUUUAUAUUAUCGGCUAGUGGUAAAAAAAUCCCCGCCGAAAGUCGGCUGGACGAGGUCAACCAGUGGUGCCAACGGAAAGCCAAAAGUGCCUUUUCCCGGAAAAUGCUGUACAAACGAAUCCCGAUUCUGCGAUGGCUUCCAAACUACAACUCAACCGAUGCCGUUGGGGAUUUAGUGGCGGGAAUAACCGUUGGCCUCACAGUGAUUCCUCAAGCCCUAGCCUAUUCGGGCAUUGCUGGGCUUCCCGCAGCGUACGGUCUGUAUGGUUCCUUCCUCGGUUGCAUCGUGUAUAUUUUCCUCGGUAGCUGCAAAGAUGUCCCGAUGGGUCCGACGGCCAUUGCUGCCUUGCUCACCGGCCAGACGGCGAAGGGCAGCGUCGGAAAAUCGAUCCUGCUCUGUCUGCUGACUGGGAUCAUCGAGCUGCUGAUGGGACUGUUUGGGCUGGGCUUCCUGGUCGAUUUCGUGUCCGGACCGGUUUCGUCCGGUUUUACCUCGGCCGUGGCCCUCAUCAUCGUCACGUCUCAGAUUAAGGAUGUGCUGGGAAUUUCGGCCAAGGGCGCCACCUUUGUGGACAUGUGGAGCUCGAUCUUCCAAGACAUUCACAACAUCCGCGCCUGGGACACGGUGCUGGGAAUCACGUGCAUCGCGGUGCUUCUCAUCAUGAGAAUCGUAGCCGGUCUGAAGGUCGGCCCGGAGGACGAUGACUACAAAUCAAAGAAGCAUCGAAUCAUAAACAAGUUCAUGUGGCUGGUGGGAACCUCCCGGAACGCCAUCCUGGUGGUCGUUUGUGGUGCCAUCGGGUACGUGUUCCAGUCGUCCGUUUCGGCUCCAUUCAAGCUGAUCGGGGACAUCCCCCCGGGCAUGCCGGCCUUCCAGGCGCCUCCCUUUUCGCUGGACGCCAACGAAACGGGUCACGGACGGGGUGAAGAUUUCGCCGAGAUGGUUUCCAGUAUGGGUUCUGGGUUGAUUGUGGUCCCUCUGAUCGCCCUGAUGGAGAACAUUGCCAUUUGCAAAGCUUUCUCUAAUGGCAAACCGGUGGACGCCACGCAGGAGUUGAUCGCCAUCGGAAUGGCCAACAUUGCCAACUCGUUCGUACAGGGUUUCCCCGGAACCGGAUCUCUGAGUCGAAGUGCCGUCAACAACGCGUCCGGAGUUCGUACCCCGAUGGGCAAUAUCUACACUGGCGCUCUGGUUAUCCUUUCGUUGCUCUUCUUCACGCCCUACUUCUCGUACAUUCCGAAGGCCACCCUGGCUGCCAUCAUUAUUGCUGCCGUCGUUUUCAUGGUGGAAGUGAAGGUCGUGAAGCCUAUGUGGCGUACGAAGAAAAGUGACCUGGUUCCUGGAUUGGGUACCUUCAUCGCCUGCCUGGCGCUACCCCUGGAGAUGGGAAUCCUUCUGGGAGUUGGACUGAACGUUGUCUUCAUUCUAUACCACGCAGCUCGUCCCAAAAUUUCAGUCGAAAGAUUAACGAGCCCUGGGGGUACCGAGUAUCUGAUCAUAACGCCGGAUCGCUGCCUGAUCUUCCCAUCGGUCGAUUACGUGCGGAACCUGGUCACCAAACAAUCGAUCCGGCAAUCGCUUCCGGUGGUGAUCGAUUGUUCCCACGUGUACGGAGCAGAUUUCACGGCAGCCACCGUCAUCGACAGCCUGACCCAGGACUUUGCCAAACGCAAUCAGCCUCUGUUCUUCUACAAUCUGAAACCGAGCGUCUGUGCCGUAUUCGAAGGCCUUUCGCCGGUCGACUUUGUUGUGUACUACCGCGAGGAGGAUCUGGAUGAGCUAAUGCGGGAGCGUGCCUACAAACCGAAGGAAGUGCUCAGCGCUUAGCUAGUAGGAUUCGGAAAUGAUAUUCGCAAACAGUAUUAAGUGAGAUGCACCGUUAAUGAAACUGGUUCGGAAAUCUACGGGAAAACUGAGUUCACAGUAGCAACGAUAUUCCAAGAAUUGAUGCACCCAGACAGAAUACGUUAAGAAAUGAUGCCAUUCCAAUGAAAUACAAAAAAAAAACGGAGCCAGCAGCCAGCCGGACGAAGAGAGUCCAAAGCAGCGAUGGGGGCCGGCAUUACCCUGUUACCUAAUAAUCGCAAGAUAAUAAGUUCAUCCCAACGAUCACUAUCCGGUCGUUGAGCAUCCUCAACAUGGAACAUUGUGCCGGCAAGAUGAAAAUGCGCACAAUCAAUAAUAUCGAUAAAGUUGUUUUAUUUAAUUCAGUAUAGCGUCGAACGACGAACUAAGCUAGGAUCGAGUCAAAAUGUAACUGUUUUUUUUAAACGAGUACUUAGAUUAUUCUGUGAUAAGGUUGUAAUUUAUCAA